AUGGCGAACCAUGUUUAUGACCAUGGAACCGGAAAUGAGAUGUCGUCGUCACGACCCAAUGGAAGGCAACCAAACAAUAUGUACGACCCGUACAGUGACGAUGAUGAUGAUGUGAUGGACUUACACAUGGUUUGUCAACUAACACGUGACAUUCCUAUGAGACAACCACAACGUAAUUGUCCAUACACCAGUGAGCAGUACAUAAAAUUCUUACUGAGUGAAAAUCCUAAAUCAAUCCGUGAACAAUUGCAAAUGGAAGUCCCGACAUUUGUGGAAUUAGCUAAACAGAUUGUUCGUAGAAAUGUUGUAGACUGGUCGAACAUCCGAUUGUCACUUGAAGAGUCGUUGGCUAUGUUUUUAUUUAUCUGUGGUCAAAGUUCUAGAACAAGAAAUGCUGGAGAUCGAUUUCAGCACUCAAAUGAGACAAUUCAUCGUCAUUUCGUACUUAUGAUGCGGGCGUUGGGAAAUCUUACGCCAUUUGUAAUCCAACCACCGAACAUGGAUGUUACCCAUCGUAAAAUUCGGAGUGACAGACGGUACUGGCCAUGGUUUAAGGACUGUGUAGGGGCCAUAGAUGGCACACAUGUUGUUGUUGUGGCACCAAAAGGUGACCAAAUGCCAUAUCGAGGUAGAAAAGUGCAUACAACUCAAAAUGUCAUGGCUGCAUGUUCAUUUGACAUGAAGUUUACGUUUGUAUACACUGGUUGGGAAGGUAGUGCACACGAUUCGAGAAUUUUCCUAGAAGCACUUACCACAAAUUCUGCUGACUUUCCACACCCACUACCUAACAAGUAUUAUCUCGUUGAUGCCGGGUAUACACACCUGCUUGGGUACGUAGCCCCAUAUCGUGGCCAAAAAUACCAUUUGCAAGAGUUUAAUAGGCGGCGUCGCUACCAUGGUCCACAGGAGUUGUUCAACCAUAGACAUUCUUCUUUGAGGAAUGUUAUCGAAAGAACCUUUGGAGUGUUGAAGAAACGGUUUCCAUUAUUGAGACACAUGCCACGGUAUGAUAUGGAUGAAUUUUUCGAUGCAGAAGAAUCAAGUGACGAAGAUGAAGAUGACGUUGAAGACGAAGAUGAAGAUGAGCAAGUCAAGUUCAGGGUGAAGUUGGAGUUCAAAAUGACCAUGGAAAUGAAGAUGGAGUACCAGCUAUGCAACAACACAACCAUGUGA